CUUAGGACUCCCCUUUCUUUCAUCUUCCCAGGCACCUCAAUCCUAUAACCAGAGAUAGGACGUCCCGGGGGAGAACCCCCGGACCCCCUUUCUUUUCAGCUUCCCAGUACCUCAAUCUGAGACCAGAGGUAAGCGUCCCGGGGGAGACCCCCGGACCCCCCUUUUCUUUCAGCUUCCUGGCCCUCGAUAAUGAUUACUCUCUCUAUGUAAUCCUAUUAUCCUGGGGUAACCCAGAGAGCGACCAACAUUCCACGCAACAUUCCCGCCCGGUCUAUACACGUCCUACACGUAAACUCACCACCAAACAAACACAACACAACACAACCACACUUCCCCCCCAACCCACCAUCCCCAGACCCCAACAGCAAACAAAAUGCACCUCCAAGCCCUCAUCACAACCACGAUCCUCCUCCUAACCACCUCCCUCCCCCAAACAACCGCGACGCCACUGUCACAACCAACCGACGAAUUCACCCUCCUAAACUGUCCCAACACAACAACCCCCACCGCAAGCCCAGCAGAGCAACUAUCCGCAUGGAUAGAGUUCACGGACCUGAUGUACACACACCAGCGCCUCAACGAGGCAAUGACCAAGUACGUGGCAGGGGGCUACAUCAACCACGCGCCGGUGGUGAGCAGCACAGGCGUGCACGCGACGCUCAACGAGCUAACGGCGAUCGUGCCGCGCGUGGACUCGCAGCUGCUGCGCGCGUUCGUGGGCUACGAUACAGCGGGGAAUGUGUUCGGGGUCGCGCAUACGCGGGUCGUGCCGCUGUCGACGGCGACGGAGUCUCGGACAGCGGACGGGGAAGGGGGACAUGCGGCUGAGGUGAAGGAGUCGGCACUCGUGGAUAUUAUUCGCAUGGUGGGGACGUGCUUGGUUGAGCAUUGGGAUGUGCAGCAGACGGUGGAGGGGGAUGAGGUCAAUCCGAUUGCGUUCUUCUAGGUCGGGGUCCCUGGGAGGCAGAAGUUAGGUGUAGGGGUGGGGAGGGAAUGAGCUGGUGGUUGUGGUGAUUAAUCAGAUGUACGGGCUUGUCUGGAUGGGAGUGUUUGUGUAUAUGAAGGCUGAAUGGGUUGUGCUUUGAUGCGAGAUUUUGUACACUAGGAGCAAUCAACGGAACUGUGUUAUCGUUUUUUCGGUAUGGAUGUGCAUGAGGGUCAAAGUAGUAUGGAGGAGCU